ACUCUCUUAAUUUUACUUCUGAAUCGAUCACCUUUGUUCUAAACUCGCGUUUAACGUCAGCGAAUAUUCGAAAUGAAAAAGGUUCUCUCGAAAUUCAGACAUUCCAUGCGUCUUUCCACGUCUAUGCCGGAUUCCACACCAGAUCCAGCUCUAUCAGUGAUAACGGCUCAAGUCAGUCCGCACCAGACUAUCGCCCAGUCAGAAAGAUCCGUGUCAGUUCAAGUACAGGAAGAUUCCCAGGCAAAGCCAUCCGGCAGUACUCCUCAUCUUAAUGCACCGCUGGAAAAUCUCCCGCCUGAAGUCCGGCGUCACCUCCUUUCUAUGCUGGAACUCGAUGGUUUAAGAGCCCUGGUUUCUACAUCUCCUAUCUAUUACCACCAGUAUCUGCUAGAUCGCAGGCACCUACUCUGUAAAUGCUUGGAGGUCACCUUGCGUAGCGUUACCGUCGAUGCUUGCGCCGUUUAUCAGUCCAGCUCGAUCGAGUUUUCAGACGCGCGCACCAGUGAAAGUAUCUCUCAGUUUCUCAAAUCCUACCGAGAUCGACGCUCGGGGUCCCAAUAUUCGGUAAUAAGCGAGACAUUAACCGUUGAUGACAUCGUACGCAUAGUGGCCUUCCACUCCUCGAUCAUCAAACCUCUCGCGAGGCACUAUACCGCCUGGGCUCUUGACAAUCUCUCCAAGGAGGCCGGCGACCCGCAGAAUCAUGAGUCUCUCAGUAUUACGGAGGAGACACGACUAAUGCGUGCUCUUUAUCGUUUUCAGCUAUGCUGCAAUCUCUUUGGCGUCGGCCGUUAUCGAUCCUACUUGCAACCGAGGUUGGGCUUUGAUUCUGUGGACAUCUUGAAGAUAUUUAUAUGCAUAUUCGAGCCCUGGGAGGUCGAGGAGAUUGCUUGUAUCUACAGUUUCGCCAAGGAAAAGUAUAACCACAUCUUCGACGAUAUCUGUUGGGAUAUAAAUGAAAAGAAUCCUAAGUUUGCAGCACAGCGGCCUCCCACGCCGGAAGGAGCAUUUGACCUCGACAAUAGCUGGGUUAGAGAUAGCCUCCUGAAGGGAACAAUCUCCUGUGGUCUCGAGCUGCUGCAUACUGUCUUGUUCAAGAUUAAGGACCACGCACAACUAGUUUCGACAAUGCAAAAGCACAUUUCAUGGCCGAUAGGCAGUUUUCUCGAGGAUGAUGCUUUGGGCGAAACAGCACAGUCCCAGCGACGCCAGGAGCAACUCUCGAAUCGGGACUUGAGGCAGGAGCGGCGUGAUCCGUUCCCUUUCCAAGGUGACGAGGUGCUAGAUGCAAAUGGGGAACAUCCACCGCUUGCUUGGACUCUAAUAUGGAAAGGGUCCUAUAGCAAUCUGUAUGGAUACUACGUGCAAGACGUUAUCCGUCGUUGGGGGUACGUUAUGUGGGAUGCGUCGCGACUCGAGCGCACAGGUGCGAAGGAGGUAUUAGCACGGCAGUGGAGAGCUGAUUGGGGGGACACCGAUCCAAGGGAUUAUCUACUAUAGUAAUACUCUGGGCGGGACAGUCGGGGCGCAGGAACGGGAUGGAAGUUGUGGAUGUGGAAUUGCAUGAUUAUCUAGAUCUACGGGUAAAUGUAAGACCUUGUCGAAAACUCAAUGUAGAAUAGUAACAUCUGAAUCUAACGACUGACAUAGAAACUG